GUCGUUAAGUUAGUUCAUUGAUUAAAGUUACAGAGGAUUCGUUUUGACGAUAUACCUGUGUUCCUUUAUUUCGUUGUCUUUAUUAUAAUACCUGUACAUCACAUGUCGGUAUGGCGUCAUAGUACAUGGAGGCAUGUUAUAAAUUGCCAGUCUCCUAGCCGGUUGCGGCUAGUUAUAACCGGGGUCAAUUAUCAGUAAUCAUCAAGGCCCGAAUCAUUGUGCCCAGGGUAUAGAGUCGUACAGUAGAACACCAGAUCAUCCUACGGUUGACAAUUUAAGCUUCAGAAAGGAAACAGUUCUUGCGGAAUUCGGCGAGUGAGCCUCAUUCUGUUGUGAUUGAUAAUGCGCUUGUUUUGUCUUUACGCGUAUAUAAUAUUAAAUAAACGGCAAACGUUGCGGGUUGCAGGACUGUUUGUUUUUUCAACAUUUAGGGUAUUAUACGUGAAUUUAUGGUAGUUGUUGCGCAAUCUUAACAACGGCCCUAUUGUGUUGGUUUAAAAUUUGUUCGAUGUUUCGACAGCUAUAGAAGUGUUGCAGUGUUCGCGAAUCGUUCGUUGCAUUGCGACCGGCAUUAGUGGAACGUCAAGAUUUAGUUUUGGCUCGCGCCAAGAUCACCAUCCCGUGGUUUGGACCCGAAGAACGGAUCAGUUGGGAUCAGUGAGCUAAGGACCACGGCGGCGAACGACCAAAUUUUCUCUGUGCUGGAUUUUUUCUACGGCUUAAAAACUAUCCCUUGGUAGAUCAAAUAACGGACGCGAGAUAUGAAGUGAAAAGAGUGAAUUCGUUAUGGGUGAUAGCUCACGGAAUGAGGCAUCCAAAUCAUCCUGGGAAGCUGGUGUUGAGGCAUGUAGGCGACGAGAGUACAGAUCAGAAUAACAACAUCACGGUGAUGAGUAUGGAUUUGUUGCAGCCAGGCCAUGUGGUCAAAGAACGAUGGAAAGUGUUGAGGAAAAUAGGUGGUGGUGGGUUUGGUGAAAUCUACGAGGGUCUAGAUUUGAUGACGAAGGAACAAGUCGCCCUGAAAGUAGAAUCUGCACGCCAACCAAAGCAAGUUCUUAAAAUGGAAGUGGCUGUUCUUAAAAAGUUGCAAGGAAAACCACACGUUUGUAGAUUCAUAGGAUGUGGUCGCAAUGAUAGAUUUAACUAUGUGGUAAUGCAAUUGCAAGGAAGAAACUUAGCAGAAUUACGUCGAGCACAACCUAGAGGGGCAUUUUCACUUUCCACGACACUGCGAUUGGGUCUUCAGAUACUAAAAGCCAUUGAAAUUAUUCACAACGCGGGCUUCCUACACAGAGAUAUUAAACCAUCAAACUUUUCGAUUGGUCGUCUUCCCUAUACCGCAAGGCGAGUUUAUAUGUUAGACUUUGGUCUAGCAAGGCAAUUUACCACUGGCACUGGUGAAGUUCGAGCUGCACGCUUGGCAGCUGGAUUCAGGGGAACUGUUAGAUAUGCUUCUGUGAAUGCCCAUAGAAAUAAAGAGAUGGGAAGGCACGAUGAUUUAUGGUCGCUUUUUUACAUGCUCGUUGAGUUUGUCAAUGGACAGUUACCCUGGCGUAAAAUAAAAGACAAAGAACAGGUGGGUCUCAUGAAAGAAAAAUACGAUCAUCAACUACUGCUCAAGCAUCUCCCCUCCGAUUUGCGUGUCUUCUUGGAACACAUCCAGAGUCUCGGAUACGUUGACAAACCCAACUAUUCAAUGCUAGCUGGAUUAUUUGAACGCUGUAUGAGACGUAGAGGUGUGAAAGAGAAAGAUCCUUACGAUUGGGAGAAGCCUGUAAUAGCAGAUGAAAAUUUACCAUCUACCAGAUCUUUACCCACUGCCACAAUACCACCAGCACCAACGACAGCAACUACUACCAACCAACCACCGACGACACCAAAUCUUGAUACAAAUAACCAAGAAAACAUGGAACCUGACAACAGAAAGGAGCUGGAUGCUCAAUUUGACUAUGAUAGAAAGUUCCGACAACGAGGUGUUGAGGAGUCUACGGUUUCCUUAAUUCCAGCUCAUAGUAACCUAGGUAUUCGGGACAAAAAUUGUAACGCCACAAUACCAGUCACAGACAAUAAACAUCAACAAGAUGUCCAACAGGCAGGUGUCACUUCUCCAGUACAGGGCUCAAUACGGAAAAGACGAGCAGUAUCAAUGGCUGUUGAACCUCAGACACAGACAAUGCCUGUAGAAAAACAAGUGGACAAUGAAGGCGAUGCGUUGAUGACAUCUGCUCGUUCUGCUUCUGAAGUUCCUCGUCCCAAAAAUGCCGCAACCACUUCCAAACCUCUCUGCAAAUCCGCGAGUGGUGCUACUUUUGUAUGCUUAAGAGUCCAAGUCCAAGAGUUUACGAACCAGGGUACCCCUGAAUCCGCACCUGGAGAUACGUCCACUCCUAGGAUACAAACUGAAGUAGAUGCGUCGUACUGUUCGUAUGAUGGAACUCAUGCUAAACAAGUGGGCAAUCAAAGUCCCGUGACUGAGCAAAGAGAACCUCUGAGAAGAGAACCCAGAAGACGAACAGAUACGAAACAAUCGAACAGAGGGGGUCGUGCACUUGCUCGAGAUUGUUCGAUAACGCAGUUUGCACAAAUAGAUGACGAUAAUGUGUCGGCAUUACAGCAAGUAACAAGAGGUGGAGGUGGUCUAACGUUGGCGUCCCAAUGGAAAUCACAGUUCGAUGAUUCAGAAGAAACUGAUAAUGAAUGGAAAGGAGAAAAUCUACAAAGUCCUGAGCACAAGGGUGCGAAUCCGCCGUCCCUAGUUCCACAGUCCACAGUUGGUAGUGAAGCCAUAGCUACCGCAACGACAACGUUAGUCUCCCAAGAUACGAAAGUCCAGGCAACUCCAGCAGUAUCUACAACACCGUCAUCGGUGCAACAGCAGCUUGUGCCAACGGGGCAAGCUGCUCUGUCCAGAAUCAGUGAAGACUCACCACGUCCUGCGGCGCCACACAGGUGUCUGAACAUUGCAGGGAUUGAAAAGUAUCCUGAGCUUCAAGGAGCACUACCUCGCGCUUGGAGCAUGCCAGUUAUGGCAUCUAACAUCCGUUAUGAUCUAGAAGCACCUCUGGUUCAACAAGCGGCAUUUGACGAUCUUUUGUAUGAAGUGGAUGUAAUGAGGAAUAUUGCGACGCGGCGUGACGAUCCAAAAGAAGUCCCACCAGUUCGGAGAGCUAGCCUACCAGCAGUUGCAUUUUCCCCAUCAAAUACAGUUCCAACGACACCAGCUGGGGAUGACGAGGAACAAGCAGUUGCAGGAAGACUUGAAAUUAGAGUUGUAGAUGCAACGGAAGGGGCCACAAUUGUGCAGACGAGAGUCGAUAGGGAACCAUUGCAGAAAAAAUUACCCAAUGGCACUGCCGGCAGUCCAGCCAGUCCGAACCCAGGACUGGAAGAUCAAUCAGUAUAUUUUGAUGCGACAGAGAAUCAUGCAGCUGUCAAUAAUGUCUCGAAUGGAGGUCCUUCUCCAGCUACUACAUCGAAUACCUUACCCAACGCUGGCUCCAUCCAGGAGCCCAAAAAACAUAGAGACAAGGAAAAAGAAAAGGAUGAAGACAAAGAGAAAAGAAAGCAGAAAGUGAAGGCAAAAGAGACGGAAAAAGAAAAAGAGAAAGAAGCUUCCAGCAGGCCACAUAGUACACACAGCAAAAUUCCAGUACCAGUGAAAAGUCCACGAUGUUCCUUAUCGGAAUCUACGCCGGACACAAAUAAUACACAAAAUACCGCAAAAACUGGAACUGGGAGCGAGUUGGACAAAUCAUCCGUGCCAGGAGGUCAAUGUAACGAAAAAGAUAUCACAAACAAAGGUAAACCUUUGACAGUGCCUCCGGAAGCACCAGCUCUUCGACGUUGCGUAACGUUGCCUGAUGCCCGGCCAUCUCCACCACCACUAACGUCAGCGAGUUCGACCGAAGAGGAAAAUUUGAUACCUUGCACGCCUGCACUUCGUCGUUGGAGACUAAAAAGAUAUCUUGCUGAUGCUAAGCAACUCAAUUUACAAUUCCAAAGACCUCAACGAAGACCAAGACCAAUCUCUGAACUAUUACCAUUUAUGCAGCUGCAUGCUAGGGGUGUGCCGUCAUAUCUACUAGGGGAGGUCGGUAAACGAAGCGAAGAAAGCAGUGAUAAUGAAUCUGACAGUAGCGGCCCGCCUAACGCUCAGCCACCACCACCGCCUACAUCGCUGCCUCCUCAUGUGGCUGAGAAUAACGCUAGGUGCCGCAGGUUCAGGCCUGUACCAGAUACCACGGUAGCCAGCAGAAAGUCGUGAGGAUCAACACUAAGAAUUCAAAAUUCCUCUCACGUACAUGAAAAAUGGCAAUGUUGUACCGAUGGUCAACCAGGAAUGUGAUACCUUUUUAGAUUAUAGAAGCUUACCGAUUUUCCAGCAACUGACAGUCAAUCAGUCACGUGGCUCUGAAAAACAUUCUGCAAAAGGCAAAGCCUGUUUGAUGUGAAAAUGACGUAACUUGACGUUACAACGAAUGGAUAAUUUGAUAGUGUGACUUGUCAUAAUUUUGAGCUAUCUGAAAAGGUUGUAUAAUUCGAGUCGCAUUCGGAGUUACUAAACGUCGUUAGUAUUUAUUUUUGAAAGAUAAAAUAUAUCUUUCGAAUACUUGUUCAGAAAAAUUCUGAAGGAUUUUAGUAUUUUGAAUACGACCGCAAGUGAACUUCUUUUCAGUGUAUAAAUAAUAUCGACGAAGUGAUAUUGUUUCACAACUGGACGAUAGUCAAUCUGAGUCAGAGUCAGUCCUAGAUAGCUUUGCAAGCUAGGACCACUAUAGUUUAAGCCUCAGUAUCACAAUAUGAAUUGUGAUCUACGUUAGGUGCAAUUCCACAAAUUUGAAAUGUGUGUUUAUGAGGUUCAGAAAUACCUGAUCCUCUGGCAACACGUGGCAGCUACUUUGAAACUUAGGUACAUUUAUAGUUCCAUCAUGUAUAAUAUCUAGUAUCAAAUAUUCAGUAUUUGAAUGCAAAUGAAAGGAAAAAAAACCAUCAAUGGUAACUAACUAGGAUUUUAUUCAAUAUUUUUACCACCCUUAACAGUUUAUUUGACUGUACAGAGAUGUGUAGAAUCAUUUGUAAUUAUUGGGAUUUUGUUGAGUUAUACAUAAAACUUAUACUUCAGUCGAAUUACCAGAUAUGAUUAGCUGAGAAGAUUGAUAAUCUUAUCUUAUAUUAUUAUUAUUAGGGGCAGGAUUAUAACAAAUAUUUAACAAUUGGAAAAGAAAAAGUAUACCAUUCACACAAUUAAAUUAUAGAGGACUUGUGAAUUUGUUUGAUUCAAGAAUUUAAACAUUUAACGUAGCCUAAUGGAUGGAACGAACAUCUGCACGAUCAGAUAAUUUACGUCAGUGCACAUUGUACAUAUUUACACGGUAAUUUAACAAUUAAUACACUGAAUAAGAGUCCACUAUCUAAGGAUGCGACGGAUAUUGCCAAAUAAAGAAUGAUACAUUCACGAAGACUAGGUCCUGUUUUUGUAUCAAUCAUUUUUUAAUUUGCAUAAAGAACUAGCUUGUCCGUGAAAUCGCAAAGAGUAUAAAAACGCGAAGAGUGAUGGAAAUCUAGAGAAAAAUUAACAGAUCGCAUCAUUAUAUCAUGAAAAUUGCACUGUAUGUAGCUUUACUACGGUUGCCCUUAAAUGAAUAAAUAUAUUAUGAAUAUUGACGAUACCAAUAACACAUUGUUCUGAACUGAGGGAACCAUUGAAUCAUGAAACGGUCAUGAUACGGUGAUGUUCUAUUGCAUAAUAUCGUUAAAAAUGGAGAUUUUCAAGUUUGUGGACACGCAUAGCAGCUAAUUCCAUAGUCCAAUCUAGUAUCUGUCUCACUUGACUUUAUACUCUUAGUCCUAAUAUACAAAUGCGGAAGGAGGUCUUAUAGAAGACAAUUCUAGAAUAGUUAUUGAACCUGGACGAGUGUGCUAGUCUUGAAAAACACACUGUUAAAAGUCAUUGAAAUGAAACGGUUCUUGAAUAGUGUAAAAGUUUGGGUUCGAACUCAUAAUAAGCAGAAUCGUAGACGUCUGGUCAUAUGGAACCUUGUAACCCGGAGAUCUGAAUCUCCAUUAUAAGUUCUGUACUUGAAAAACAAUCAGUUUAAUCAAUAUUAUUGAAAACCUGUAUCGAAUUAUUUCGUUAGUCAAUUACUCAGCAUUUCUCAGUUGAUGGGUAUAGACCAAGAAAAUUACACUAAAUACUGAAUACAUGUUUAUAUUUAGAUAUGCAAAUACUGUGCAAAUACUGUGCAAAUUGAUAUGAAAAUGCACAAAACUAUUUCCUUUGACUUGGAGCAUAGGCAUUAUUUGGAAUGCCUUGAACUCGAAUUGAGUUGAUCUCGCUCUUUCGAACAAAAAAAUGAUCUAUUCGCUUAUUAGAGUAAAUAUUCGCAUAGACACACUAGAAAUCAAAGUGUACGAAUCUACUUUCUUGUGGUAGAGGAUCAAUCCACUUAAUAACAUUUACAUAGGCAAUGAAAUUCAUUCAAAUAAUCAAUAUUGGGGCUGAGUAAAAAUGAUUACUAAAAACUAGUCGUCUCAUUGAAAUUGGUCACAUGAGAACUCAUAGUUAAAACUAGAAUUCUACAAAUACUGACCGGUCAUAAUAGUAUAAUUUGUAUAAUAUAUACAAGAUGCAAAGAAAAUAUAUAUAAAACAAAACAAAACAAAAAUGUAUAAAAAGAGCAUAUUCUUAUCUAAGCAUUGAAAUAUCAUCGUACUGAAAAUUAGUGCAAUAAUUUACAAAUCGAAGUUUCAGAUACGGGUGAUCAGAACUUCAAGAAUUCAUUAUUUUCCUACAAUAUUGUUUCAUUCAUUUUUUCUCCAAAAAUGUCAAUUAUCUUGAGUUAACAGAUGUUUAUUUUUUUAUUCGAAUCCCAUGAGUCAUCACAAUAUAUAUUUCUUGCUAAUUGAUAAUAGUAAUAAUAAUAAUAUUAAUAAUAAUGAUAAUGAUAAGAAUAUUAAUAUCCAAAUAAAUACUACGCACCUACUACGAUUUAUAGCGCGACUAACAUAUCCCUAUGAAAGUCAAAUGCUCUAUCGGUAUAAUUGAUUGACUAUUCUCGGAGAAUGUUAUUUUAUGCUAAAUUAUUUAUAUAUUAUUUAUUAUUUAUGUAACAUUUUACAAUCAUAAGAAAUUUGUAACUGUACCUGUAUGUACAUUAAUUUGAUAAUUAGCAAAUUUAUUUUGACGUAAUUUUUUUCUAUUCUCAUCUAAUCAUUGCAACAAAUGACAAAGAAUUAUUUGAAAGCUGAUUGGGGGCGGGGGGGAGUAAUUUGUGCAAUAUCAACUUGUAAUAAAUUGAAAAGAAGAGAAUUACCCAAUAUUUAAUUUAAAAAACAAUGCCAAUUCAAUGCUACAUAAGUAUAUACAUAUGUAUUUUACUGUUUUAUACAUGACACAGAUUAAUUUCGUCAUGAUUUGUGCAAUAAUUUAGGUUUACAGCAGCUUGUUAAAGUUGCUUGAAAAUUAUAAAAAGAUUAAUUGUAUACGUCAUAUAUAUUGAUAUUAUAAUUGAACUAUUCUACGCUAUGUGAUAUAAAGAUUAACGGUCAAUCGAUCAAACUUUCAUGUGGUAAUACCAAUUCUAUCAAUGGCAUAAGUGUGACAUUGAAGAAAGAGGAUAAUUAAUAACAUGGUCUUACCCAAACUUUUCACUUACGAAAGCAAUAGAUUAUUAAAUUAUUCGUUACAUUCUGUCCGAUUUGCAGAACGCCCAAACUGAUCCAACACUUAUUUUCUUGUACAUAAUAUAAUUACUAUAUUAUGUGGUACAUAAUGAUUAAUUAUUAUUAAUUAUUAUCGAAGAUUAAUCGAUGCAUCAUUAUGAUACAAUUAUUGUAUUUUUUCUCUGCUUCGUGCUCUCUUUACAUAGACACAGAACUCUAUCCUACAGGUUUAUGUAAUCGUGUUUGACUACUGUACCCAUAAUCUUGAACAAAGGUACUAUUAAUUAUUAUUAAUGAAAUAUUGUACUGAGAACAUUCAAAUGAUAAAUAGAUGUUAUCUAUCGAUAAUUGUUAGUUCAUUAUUAAAUUGUUAAAGAAAUACCAACGGAUCAAAAAGAUUGGGAGAAGAUCGUAACAAAAUGCUUGUAGCUUACUACGCUAAUAAAAGAAGGAGAGAAUGUGAUCGUAGCUAAUAUAACUGUGCAAAAGAAUACGUGCAGACCAAGUAUUAGAGCAAUUUAAAUCCUUAUAAGUACUAUAACUCAGAGCUGGUAUACAAUACUCUUAUGAGUUGAUAUUAUUAUUUGUUCACGGCAGCCUAUAUUUGUCCUGUAAUAUGCCGAAUUUCAAUACAAUUAUAUUAUCAUAAACCGUU